AUGGGUUUAGACGAUUUAGUGAACAAGGGAAAGAGUUACGUUACUGACAAGGACGGAAACGUCGACUACAAGCAGUACACUGACGAAGCUAAGGAAGCUUACGAUGCCUACAACAAGAAGGAAGGUACUACCACCGAAAAGGCCAAGGCAGCCUACGAAUCCUUUGGAAAGAAGGAGGAUUCUAAGAAGUGA